AUGGAGUACCUGCACCGUUGUUUAGGGAGAUUGAAAACCAGCCCAGGUUUUAAGUUCCAUCCACGAUGCGAUAAGCUGGACAUUACACAUAUCAGCUUUGCUGAUGACUUGAUGCUUUUUGCAAGAGGUGACUUGCAAUCAGUGGAAACACUAAUGAACAAAUUUCAGAAAUUUUCUUGUGCAACAGGUUUGAAAGCUCAUCCUGGGAAAUGCAGAGUUUAUUUUGGUGGAGUAGAGCAUCGAGAAAGGAAAGCUAUUCUGGCCAGCACUGGAUUCUCAGAAGGGGAGCUUCCAUUCAAAUAUUUGGGAGUCCCACUCUCAAGUAAGAAACUUACCAUUCCACAGUGUCGGCCGUUGGUAGAUAAAAUAGUGGCAAAGAUCAAACAUUGGACGUCGCGUCUAUUGAGCUAUGCAGGGAGGUGGCAGCUUAUACAAAGCGUGCUAUUUGCUGUAACGGCCUAUUGGAUGCAAGUAUUUCCACUACCUCAAGGAGUAAUGAAACAGAUUGAAGCGAUAUGCCGUAGCUUCCUAUGGAGUGGAACAGAAGUGAUAAGUAAAAAAGCUCCAAUAGCGUGGGAACAAGUUUGUGAACCAAAGAAUGCUGGCGGACUUAAUAUCACAGCACUUGCGACGUGGAACAAGGCAACAAUGGGGAAACUUUUGUGGAACAUACAAGCAAAAGCGGAUAAACUAUGGAUAAAGUGGCUGGAUACGUACUACAUUAAAGGGCAAGACUUGAAUACCUGGCAGGUUGCAGCUACAUGUUCAUGGGUGGUGAAGAAAAUCAUGGACUUAAGAGACACAAUGAGCCAAACGGAACAUUGGGCUACGGCGAUACAUAGUGGAAAGUAUGUCACCGGGACAAUGUACAAGGAACUGCGUGGGGAUAGGAUUCAGGUUUGUUGGAGGAAAAUACUAUUUACGAAUUAUGCACGACCUCGAGCUAUCUUCACCUUAUGGAUGGCUCUAAGGGGGAGACUCCCAACACGAGACAGACUGCACAAAUUUGGCAUGACUAUUGAACGAAACUGUUGCUUCUGUGAUGCUGAGGAAAGCUUGGAACAUCUUUUCUUUAUGUGCAAGGAAACCAAGCUAGUGUGGAGGAAGGUAUUGCUGUGGAUGGGAAUAGAUAGAAGGCCCAUGAAAUGGAAUGAUGAAGUGGCAACAUCCAGAAAGAAAGGAAUAAAAAAUCAAUUACUCAAAGUUGCUUUCGCUGAGACGGUUUAUUCCAUUUGGCGAAAUAGAAAUGACAAGAUUUUUAAUCACAAAGACCAAAUUAGUAGAAGCUAUGAAGAGAUUAUACACAAUGUAAAGAUGCGUAGUAGCUUACAUAGAAAACUAAGUUUACAUAUUUCACAAUAUGCUUAG